AAGGACAGAUAUAGUUAGUUUUCCAGGAGUAGGGAGAUCAAUGCCCCAAGUAAUGUGUCCUCUUUUAACACAAAACCAAGGGCCAACUUUUGGCAGGAGGUACAAGGCUCCCUCAGUGGACUAGGCAUAAGCUUUGCCACCUCCAAGUUACCUGCUGGCUUCUACAUCAGGAGUGUAAAAUCCUCCACUUCCGCCACACCAUGAUGGGGGAUACAUUGGAAUUUCCAUUAUGAUGACUACUGCAGGUGGUAGUCAGUGAUUAGGGAGAGGCAGGCUUGAUAGCUUAAUUCUGUUUGUUUUCAUCAAAGGUGGGCAUCUAUGCGACUGACCUAGACAGUCUGAUAGGCAGCGACAAUUUGUUUUUACAGUCUGCAGCCCCAAAGAGUAAUGUCUUUAAUCUGUCAGUCAGCACUCUUCAGUGACAGACCAGACAGCUAGACCACUGGCAGCAAUUCAGGGGCCAAAAGAUCAAAGUGAGUGUUGGCCAGAGCUAUGAGAACGGCCUUCAGUUCUGUCCACAGAGGAGACUAUGUCUGCUCUCGUAUCUACAUACCUGGAGAGCCACUGCGGCCUGCUGGAGGCCGAAGCCAAACCAUGAGUGAGUUAAGCCCAGCCUUUAAGGGAACAUCUGUGAAGCAAGGACCCUACUGACCCAGUGAAUGUGCCUGAGGUGACAGGGAGGGGCAGAGAGGAUAAGGUUUCAACCAGAGAGUAGCUGCCAGUUCUUGUAAAGCUGAGCUGCUGCUGGGGCUACACAAGCUGUGAUCCCGAGAACAGGGCUUCCAUUUGAACAGAAAGGCCUGAUUAGCCAGGCACCUACUGGCCCCAACACCCAAAGGGUCUGCUAGGGUGCUGUGAUUCGCUUCUUUUCCCCCUAAACCAAGUUUCUUCAGAGGAAUUUUAAAUUCUGGCCUUUCCUGUGUCCUGAAUCUGAGACGGACAGGAGACAUGCGCUUUUUUAAGACUAAGUUGACAUGGGCCUUUGGCCUGAGUUGGCUCACUGUCCCCGAGGUCUGGAAGCCUGUCACCCAAGAAGCCUGGGCUGUUCCUUCGGCUCAACGUCAUCCUGGUUCCGCGGCAGGUCGGCCUUGUGUAGACUAACACAGGCCGUCCAAAAACUCCUGAUGCCAGGCUAGGCCCUGGUUCAGAGAGCAAGUGCAGUAACCUCAGCCCCCCACGAAACAAUACUGAAAAACAGUCUCAGAGAAAGAAUGGUUACAUUUUUCUAUCUGAAGAAAAAAAGGUAAAAAUUACAAAUGAUGUCGUUUAAGUUACACAAAGGAGUACAGAGCGAAAGAUGUCUGCCUCACUACCUUGUCUUCUGCUCUCUCUCACGAGGCAGCCACUGCUAUUUUCUGUCCUUUCACAUUAUUUUUAUGAGCGCACGAACACAUCUGUCCUUUCUACUUCCAUCUCGAGGUCCCCGUCGGUCAGGCAUGGCCUCGUUGCUCUGAACCGCGCAGCCCGGGGCCGCACGACGCCCCGCAGCGACUCGGCAUCUGGCCGACCCGCACCUCCACUCCCACGCGCCCGGCACGGACGACCCCAGGGCAUCCUCCCCGGGCACACACACCGCAACGCCGCUAGACCCCAGGAGGCGGAAUCGCUGAGCCACGGAAACGCGCGUUUAAAACCGAAAGACAGCACCACCCCCUCCAAGAGGUGCCGACCAGCAAGCGAGAUGCUCGCGCUCUCCAGAGCUCUCCCAGGGCACUACCAACUUUCCGAUCGCGGGGAAAUUGGCACCCGAAAGUUUCGACUUGCAUUUACCUCGUCAUCUGUAAGGCGGACCGUCCCUUUGCAUAUCUAAACGCCCUCUGCACUUCCAACGCCGCUUUGGGAAUUUGCUUCGGGGCCCAACGCCCAAGUCGCUCUGUCCCUUUUGCCCCGACUUAACAUGGCGCUGACCGCAGCUACUUCCGAGAUCCUGGAACACCAAAUCGUCCCGGCCAGCAUCAAAGAGGGCGUCCAAGCCCGCAGCCUCCAAUCUGCGCACGCUCUGCUCGCCUCCACGCGUCCACUCUCGAUGGCCGUCCGCCAGGUUCCGCUCUAGCCGCCGCGCUCGGUGGUUGCCACCGCCCGCCAAUCGCAGGGCCCGGACGCCGCUGGCCCCGCCUCACGGAUCAGCUGAGGGAUCCGAGAUGUCCGUUGACAGCGGCGGUGGCGGCCGUGCGGCCGGUUCCGGGUUCGGCGCGGGGCGGGGGGUAAGAGGGCGGCGGGCGCGGGCGGCCGUCAGGACCCGGGGGAGGCUGGCGGCGCGGGCCGCGGCGGCGUGGCGCGGGCACCGAGGAGUAGCGGCGGGCCGCAGCCUUUGCCUUCGCGGGCCGGGUCUCACCCGACGUUUCCGGGUUUCGUCAGAUGUGAAGCCGAUGGAGCGGCCGGGGGAAGGCGAGCAGCCGCCUCAGCAGCAGCCGUGGGGGAGGCUUCUCCGCCUGGGCGCCGAGGAGGGCGAGCCGCACGUCCUCCUGAGGAAACGGGAGUGGACCAUCGGGCGGAGAAGAGGUUGUGACCUUUCAUUCCCCGGCAAUAAACUGGUCUCUGGAGAUCACUGUAAAAUUAUAGUGGAUGAAAAAUCUGGUCAGGUGUCGCUGGAAGAUACCAGCACCAACGGAACGGUAAUUAACAAGCUGAAGGUUGUUAAGAAGCAGACUUGCCCUUUACAGACUGGGGACAUCAUCUACUUGGUGUACAGGAAGAAUGAGCCAGAACACAACGUGGCAUACCUCUACGAAUCUUUACACGAAAAGCAAGGCGUAACACGAGACUCCUUCGAAGCUAAUAAAGAAAACGUGUUCCACGUGACCAAAGAUACCUCAGGUGCAGGGCGAGGCGACGACCCCCAGGAUCCCCAGGUCCUGCCGUCGCCACCCGCCACUCAGGUGUGCUUUGAGGAACCACAGCCAUCAACGUCCACAUCGGACCUCUUCCCCACGGCCUCUACCUCUUCCAUGGAGCCCACCUCUGCAGGGCGAGGGCCUGCCUCCAGCUCCGGCUCGAGAGGUGCAGACGUCUCCCCAAAAGGGUGUGGUCCAUCUGUGGCAAGUGAUGAAAUCGCCAGCUUCCCUUUGGCUCUCUCUGAAAGAGAGGGGGCAUCCUUUUCUCCGUCGGAACCCCAGGAUCAGGAGGAGUUGGAGCCCGUUAAGAAGAGAGUAAAAGCAGACGGGGAGCCCACCCUGAACCUGCCCAUGCUGGUCGCAGACCCAGGCGGAGACCCCCAGAGUGCCCUUGACGUCAGAGCCGCGACCGUGAAGCCAGACAAGAUGGAGGAGACGCUCACGUGCAUCAUCUGCCAGGACCUGCUGCACGACUGUGUGAGCCUGCAGCCCUGUAUGCACACCUUCUGCGCUGCCUGCUACUCGGGCUGGAUGGAGCGCUCUGCCCUGUGCCCCACCUGCCGCUGUCCAGUGGAGCGGAUCUGUAAAAACCACAUCCUCAACAACCUGGUGGAGGCGUAUCUGCUGCAGCACCCGGACAAGAGGCGCAGCGAGGAGGACCUGCGCAGCAUGGCCGCCAGGAACAGGAUCACGCAGGACAUGCUGCAGCCCAAGGUCAGGAGGGCCUUCUCCGACGAGGAGGGGAGCUCCGAGGACCUGCUGGAGCUGUCGGAUGUGGACAGCGAGUCCUCGGACGUCAGCCAGCCGUACAUCGUGUGCAGACAAUGCCCCGAGUACCGCAGGCAGGCGGGGCGGCCCCUUCCCUGCCCAGGGCCCGGCAGUGAGCCAGGGGCACCGCAGGCCCCUGGGGAUGCACCAUCGACGUCUGUCAGCAUCACGACAGCCCAGGACUACGUGUGCGCCCUGCAAGGAAGCCACGCCAUAUGCACCUGCUGCUUCCAGCCCAUGCCCGACCGGAGGGCGGAGCGCGAGCGGGACCCCCGCAUCGCCCCCCAGCAGUGUGCCAUCUGCCUGCAGCCCUUCUGCCACCUGUACUGGGGCUGUGCCCGGACCGGCUGCCUCGGCUGUCUGGCCCCGUUCUGCGAACUCAACCUGGGCGACCGGUGUCUGGACGGGGUGCUGAGCAACAACAACUACGAGUCGGACGUCCUGAAGAAUUAUCUGGCCACCAGGGGUUUGACGUGGAAAAACAUGUUGACUGAGAGCCUUGGGGCUCUACAGAGGGGAGCGUUCCUGCUGUCUGAUUACAGAAUCACCGGGAACACCGUGCUGUGCUACUGCUGUGGCCUGCGGAGCUUCCGCGAGCUGACCUACCAGUAUCGGCAGAACAUCCCUGCUUCUGAGCUGCCGGGAAAUUCAAUCACAUCUGUGAACAGACGAGGUUCAAGAACUAAGCAUCCAGGGAGGCAGCACAAUGGCUUGGGAGUAUUGCCGGUCAAUGACACGUGUCUCAGAAAAUACUGAAUACAGACGCUUUAAGGGCAUUUCACAGUCCCCCUCAGGGGACGCCGGGGGUCUCUGCGUCGGGCACUCUGGUGUGACCUUUCUCUUGUGGAGCGAGACCCUCUCGGCGAGAACCCCUACCAGUGGCGCCCAGAGCCCUGGGCCAGAGCAAGAGCCGUCAGCCGUCCCCUCCUGUUGAAGAUGACCAUGAGGUUUGCUCUCUGUACCUUUCCCACAGCCACGAUCAAAGCAGACAUUUCUCUUCAAGAAAAGUGCCCUGGGAGAAGGGGAGUUUGUCAGAAACGCUGUGCUGUUUGAGGGAAGGGAACAAAGUUUCCAGCCGGGGCACACACAGCGGCUGACCUGUGCACUUUCAUAGGUUUGGUGCUCAUCUCCUAAUAAGACUUAAAUAUCGCAAACUGUAGCACAAAUGAUAUAACUUAUAAUUUACAAGUUGACUAAAAUGGGAGAUAGUAUGAUAUUUGAAAGAAUAAGCAUACGUUUCUGUUUAUAAAAGAAAAAUCAUCAGACGUCCAGGGACCCCGGCGCCGAGGGCGUGCUUGGGUCACUGCCACUCCGGGCUCCUCAGCACAACUGCAGCCCCGCCAACCUGUCUGGCCUUCUUCACUCCUCCCCUGUGGCCGGGGCCGGGGUGGCCCAGGGACCUGGGGUUCAGGUCGUCCCUGGUGGCGCCCCGGCCCGCCUGUAGCAGCUUCUUCCCACCGAGAGCUUCCGCAAGUCCUUGCCCUUUCCGCCUGCUAUGGGUUUGCCGUGUCAUCUGGAAUAAUACUUGAAAUUUUAUUGUUUAAAAAAAAAAGUUUUUUAUCGUUUGUUGAAAUCACCCGUUACGUUUGUUUGCAAAAUUGUACCUUUUUUGCUUCUUCUCAGGAAUACGAUUUUCAACUUUGUGUUGCUCUUGAUACAGACUCUGAGAAGCAGCGCUCCGUGGAAGAAGGCCUCCUUCCUGCGUUCUAAUAAACAAGCCGUGUCUGUUUCUCUCCCCGGCAUGUUCGCUCGUGUCUUGGUUGUGACGUGCCCCUUCCUGUCACGGUGUGACCGGCCGCAGGCGUCGCUUGUUACCUGCUGACUGACAAAGAGUCCACCCGAGCUCUCCACUUGGAUUAGCCUUGCAGGCCCUGCAGGCGUGUGUGACCUGGGGUCAGGGCCCGGGUCUGAGCAUUUGGGAAAAGGCACGGGUUCCCUUGAAUCCGCCAACCCCGACUUGGUCCCAGGUUGAAGGCACGGCUUUGUGUCUAAGCCCCGGCCUGGCUCGUGCAGGCACGAGGCUGGCCUCCAUGCUUAGGACCUUGACUCAUCCCCCCCCACUUCACUUCUGACCCUGACCCCUCCCUCAAACUAAGAACAGAGACGCAGGCCCCGUAGCAGAUGCAGCAGCUUUUGUGGCCAAGGCUUAAACACGCAGCCUUCCUUGGGCUACGCCGGAUCCGUCAGCGACGGGCAGGGCAUGCGCCGCGUCAGACUGCUGGUCCACGGUGCUGGCUGACUGCAGUGGAACUUGGAUUCCCCACUUCUGACAAGCACACCGGGGUCAGAACAGAGCUUCUCAGCUCUAACCUGAGGCAGGAGCCUGGGCCGGGGUGGUGGUUCUCCAGGCUUGCUGACAAGCUGUUUUACAGGGCACACCGUGCGGUGUUUCUGCGACUUUUCUCUACUUCCUGUUCCGUGACACCUCCCCCCGCCCCCCGCUGCAUCCAGCCCACAGUGGGUUGGAGCCUGCUGUGUGCUCGUGUCCUGGUGGCUCAGCGCGUGCCGGACGACUCCCGUGUGCUUGUGGCCGGCUCCUUGGGCCCCGCCCGUGUCCUCACACAGCCUUGCUCAGCCCAUCCCCAGACCCGUGUCCCUCUUGGGCUCCUGGUGCCCCGUCAGAGGGGCUGGCCCUGCCCACGCUUCCCCUCUGCUGCGCACCCUCCAGGGGCUGCACACUUGCCCCUCCUGGCCUGUGGGUUCAAGCUCCCAGGCAACCGCCCGCAGUCCUCUUCGGGCCAGCCUCUGUCAGCACUCCUGGUGUGACCAAGGACCCAGCAGGUCAUCUUAAAUACCUCAUAGCUGACAGGAUUGGAAGCACAAGCCCAGAUCUGAGAGCCCCAGCAUGACAUCGGUGGAUCUUGCCCCAGGGAAGUGCCCAGAGAGAGUGGAUUCUGAGCCAGCCCUCUAUCAGUGGGGGCCCUGCAGCCAGACCAGUCUUCAUGCAGCCGGCAGAGAAGACGCCCAGCAAAGCUCAGGCUCUGAAUCAGGAUUGCUGCUGCAGAGGGCACCAGCAGCCCAGCACCAGGCAGCUGACCUGUGCUCUGGAGGAAGGAAGAGAAAAUGGGGGAUGGAUUGGGUUUGAAAGUCCAGAGCGAGCCUGACUUCCAGCGCGGCUGGAUGCAGGACCCUUCUCUUCCUGUGUGUGGUGGCCGCUUCCCAGACCUCAGCUUUCCUCCAAGCUGACACAGGUGAACUGGUGGCCUCCCCAGCAGUUCACACAGAAGCCUGUCCCUGACCCCAAAGCUGAUGAGCAGGCAGACCCAAGCCUCUCACCACCUUCUGGCCGCCAGCACCCCGUAAGCAGGUGGGGCUGGGGGACGGCAGGCUCCAGUGUCACCUCCGAAAAGCAGACUGGCUGCUGGGCCAGGCGGCCCGCCAGAGCUCAGCCCAUCCCAGGCCUGCCGCUGACGGGAACCGUGCUGCUGGGUCUCGGUUACGCCCCCUGGAAGUGCCGGCCUGCGGUGGCAUUCGUAGCUCCCUGCAGAAUUAAGUCCGAGGCCCUCAGCCCACAGGGCUGCCACCCAAUCUGGCCUCCGUGGCUCUGUCUCCUCAUUCCCACCCCUUUCCGGCCCCUCUGAGAUGGAAGCCACGAAGUACGCACCGUGAGGGGUGUUGAGGACCCCCCAGUCGAGCCAUCCAGCGCUCCCUUGGGCGUGCCACGUGCCGGUUCGUUUCUCUGUUGCGAGUGGACGUCCUUUCCAUCCUGUCCCUCGGGACGCUGGCAAAGCAAAUGCAGCAGAGAUGAGCUCUGCACGUUCCUUCCCACUCUCAGCCUCCGCCCUGGGCCCCAGUGGAGCUGGGAAGCUGGAGGGAGGCCCAGCCCUGCGGAUCUGCCAGCUGAAAGUCCUGACCUGCAGAAGGACCUCGUGGCCAGCUCCCAGGGGACAACUGUCACCAUCUCAGGAAUGACUCCUGCCGGUAACUGAAACAGCCCUUCAGAAAAUUGUGUAAACUUGGAAUUCUCAAGUUAUGAUUAAACAAAGGUAAUAAGCACCCAGGACUCAGCCCUUCUUGAUAAACGUGUGCAUCUGGCCGUUGCCUCUGCUCCCGAGGGCGUCUACGACUGUACCUGUAGGUUCUCUGCGGUGCUGCCUUUGAUCCGGUCUGUGGACCUCACUGUUGGUAGCUUGAAACUGGCCCCACUAGGAGUAUUUACACCAUGGAGAUGGGUAAAUGCUGCAAAUCAGGGUCAUUUUGUUGUUUUUUUCUGGAG